AUGUCAAUUAGGUCGAUACCAAAGAUAAUCUCAUUAGUCAAACCUUCAAUCAAACGUUCGUUACAAGUUAUGUGUGCAGUUAAAGGUAAACCUGAACAAGCAAAGAUUACAAAGAAGGAGUCAGUAAAAAACGCUGACUUGUGUAAGUGGAUUGGUUUAGAGAAAAUAACAUACUCCGAUCCUAAUGGGAAUGAAAGACAAUGGGAUAGUGCUGUUCGUUUAACAAGAAGCUCUGGUGAUAUUGAUGGUAUUGCCGUACUGACCAUUUUGAAAUAUAAGGAUGGCAGACCGAAUGAAAUUCUUCUUCAAAAACAAUUUAGACCACCUGUAGAAGGAGUCUGUAUUGAAUUCCCUGCUGGUUUGAUUGAUGAAGGAGAAGAUGUCGUAGCUGCUGCCCUAAGAGAGCUUAAAGAAGAAACAGGUUACAUUGGAAAAUUCUUAAAUAUGAGUCCCGUUGUCUUUAAUGAUCCUGGGUUUACCAACACCAACUUGUCUAUUGUUAAUGUCGAAGUUGAUAUGUCACUACCUGAAAAUCAAAAUCCCCAAUCUGAAUUGGAAGAAAAUGAAUUUAUUGAAUGCUUUAGAGUACCAUUAAGUGAAUUUCCUGAAGAGAUGACUAAGCUUGAUGAGCAAGGCUACAAGUUAGAUGCUCGUGUGCAAAAUGUUGCUCACGGAAUUACGCUAGCCAGACAAUACAACUUAUGUUAA